UAGGAACAAAGGAUAUCAUGUGUGAUCAAACACUGUAUCAGCUGACAAAAUAAUACCUUCAGACUUCGUUUCUACGACAACAGUUGGUGUAAGUAGUCUGCAUGAGAACUUUGACGGAUUUAGAUUGUCCUUGACAUUCAGGGUGUAUAUAAACAACGGGAGACUGCGCGUCGGUGUUAUUGGGACAGGAUCAUUGAAAGAUGACAGGGAUGUAUCGUUUUAUGCGGUCUUAUGUGGGGCCAGUGAGAGGCGUGAUUUUAGACUGGAGCGGGACCACUGCCGACAAGUAUGUUCUGGCGCCCGCUGUGGUCUUCUGUGAGGUGUUCCAGAAACACAAAGUCCCGAUCACCAUGCAAGAAGCCAGGUUACCAAUGGGUCUCCGUAAGGAUCUUCACAUCAAGAAAAUAACCGAAGAUCCUGAUGUUCGAAAGAGAUGGGCGAAAGUUUAUGGAAAGGAACCAGACCAGGGAGACGUAGACAAUAUGUUCAAAGACUUCGUGCCGAUGCAGCUAAGUUGUCUCCGGAAAUACACUGACCUUAUUCCAGGGACAACAGAGGCGGUGAACAUUUUGAAGAAAGAGUUUGGGUGUAAAAUCGGUAGUACUACAGGUUUCCUUCGCUCCAUGGUAGAUGUUUUAUUGGAGGAUGCUAACAAGCAAGGUUACUACCCCGAUGUAACAGUAGCCGGUGAUGAAGUUGUUCAUGGCUCCAGACCAAAGCCUUUUAUGGUUUACAAGAACAUGGACCUUUUGGAUAUACACCCAAUCCAAGCCGUGGUUAAGGUAGAUGAUACGAUAUCUGGUGUUGGAGAGGCGCUGGAGGCAGGGUGCUGGGGAGUGGGUGUGGCUAAAUACAGUAAUUACAUGGGCGUUGAUAGUUUUGAAGAGGCAGAAGAACUCACCAAAGAGGAGGAAGCCAUUCGGUGCCAAAAGUGUAAGGAAAUGCUCCGGCAAACAGGCGCACAUUACGUCAUAGAUAGUAUCAAAGAGCUGCCUGAAGUGGUUGAAGAUAUCAACAAGAGGUUGGCGAGAGGGGAACGACCAUAGACAUGUUUAAUAUUUCUAAAACGUUCAAGUUAUUCUACACGUUACUUUUGGUACAUGAGACAGUGAUGUUUGUCCAAUAUGAUCACAUCAUUGCAGCCUGAAGUUUCCAGGCAACGAAAUAUACACUCGAUAUUGUCUUCUGUUUUGUCAUACCCAAUCUGUGCCCCCACAGUGUACACCAACUCCUCUCGUUUGAAGUAACCGUAUGUUCCUGCUGAAACAAGAUACAUAUGUAUAUGUUUAUAACGCAGCAUCCUACGUUCCCAUUCUUCAUUAAAUCAUACCAUAGAUAUCAAAA